AUGAAAGUUUGUGAACUUGUUGAUGAUGAUGGGAAGUGGAAUUGGAGUAUAUUGCAAGGAUGGUUACCAGCCGAGCUACUGCAGAAAAUUGCAGCUAUUAUCCCUCAUGCCAGCAUAAAUAGAGAUUAUGAUGAGACUUGUUUACAUGUUCUUAGGGACUGUGUUAUUGCUAGAAAUAUGUGGAUGCAGUUUGUGAUGCAGCGCUGCAAGGAAUAUAGAGAUGCAGACAAGGCUCAACGCAUAGGUUCUGAGAGGCCUCGAAGCACCGUGUUGAUUGGUUGGAAGCCGCUGAUAGAUGGAUGGGUUAAGCUCAAUAUAGAUGGAGCUUGUAAAGGAAGGAUAAUUGUUGGUUGUGGAGGAAUUUUUCGUAAUAAUAGAGAAGAUUGGCUUGGAAGGGUUGAGAUAUGCGUGGAGUAUGAGAUUUAG